AUGGUCGACGAGAAUCUACGGGCGGUGACGCUGCAGGGCUUCCCAUUGGCCACCACCGUGGUGGUUCUGGUGUGUGUUUGUCUAGCUGCCAUCGCUGUUGGGAUCCGCAGUAUGGUUCGACUCAAUGACAAAACUUUCGGAUUGGACGAUUGGCUUAUUGUAGGCGGCAUGAUCAUCUACAUAGCAGACACAGGCCUCGCUGUCCACGCUGUCUCCGUAGGAAUCGGCUCCAAAGACGACAAACUCAACGCAUGGAUGCAAGCGGAAAGCCAAAAGUUCUUCAUCAUAUGGAUCACGGUCUACGUCAGCGCCGUCGCCUUGAUCAAAUCGUCUAUCUGCGUCACGCUCCGAAGAAUAGCAGCAAAAGCCAUCCCCGCGAUUCGAUACUCCAUCUGGGUGCUGUUCGCUCUAACAUGGGCGUCCUUCUGCGUCACAUUCUUUGGCAUCCUCCUGUUUUGUCGACCGAUCGAGGGAAACUGGAACACAGCGCUUGUAUUGGAAGGCAAGGCUACGUGUGCCAGCAUGGAGACUCUUAUCGGCAUUAGUCACACCAAUACUGGGACGAGUAUUGUUACCGAUGUCGGUUGCUUUGUGCUACCUGGCAUCUUGCUUUGGAAAACGCAAAUGUCGUUCAAAGCCAAGUUGCAGGUGCUCUGUCUCCUUUCUUUAGCUUCGGUAGCUUCUAUCGCUACCAUUGCUCGUGCCCCGUUCAUAUCCCAUUACAAUACACCGGAAGACAAUCUCAAGUAUUACAUCGGCCACAUCGUCCUGUUCUCCUGCAUCGAAGUCGGCGUAGGCUGCAUCGCAGCAUCACUGCCCUCCAUGCGCAUUCUGUACAAGCGUGUACGCGGACAAGAAUCGCAAGCCUCGACAGCAACUCCACACGCAAACACUCUUGUGACAAUCGGUGGUGGAAAGAUCGGAAACAGCGCUUCUAAAGGAACAAAGCGGACCUUUACCAAUCCCACCAACCGUGGUGUAAACUCUACCCAUAUCAACAGCGGCGAAAACGAUUGGGAACGAUUGAGCGAUGGUGAUUCGGAUAGGGGAAUAUUGGGUGAUGGGAAAAAGGGAGGCAUUAGAGCGGAUUAUAGUUUUGCUGUUGAGCUUGACUCUUAUAGCACAAGGGACUUGCGACCUGAACCAAAGCACAUCCCGUAA